CACAGGAACAAGUAUUGGAGAACUGCUCUUGACUUCCUUGUUAAAGAUAAUACAGAGUAUGUGUUACAUUGACAACAAUUUCAUGAAAUUUGCGUGUGCCCAUAUCAACAGAAAUGAGAAUUGCGUGUAACCAUGUCAAAAUACAUUAAUUUCAUUUUAACGGCGCAAAAUAAAGUUUGUCUAAUUCUAUCAAAAAUAAUCAAAUCAAGACACCAUAAUUGAACAUUUCAAAUUUAAAAAUUGAAAAAUUCUUCAAUUCCACGCCUAAAUUAAAAAGAAAAAAACAAAAAAUAAAAAUUGAGAUUACAUUAGGACAAGAGUAGGGGGAGCAAGAAAAGGACAUGGACCCCAUGAUAAUAUUUGUGCAGACAUAAAACCAACCCCAUCAAAACCCAAACACACAAAAUACAGUUUAAUCGAAAUAUCCGCCCUAAAAAUAGGGCAUAAUCACUACCAACAUCAACAAAAACGCCAUGUUCUUUUCUUAAAAGCUUCAUUUCUCUCUUUUUCACGCUUUCACUUACUUUCACUCUCUCUCCUCUUUCUCUUUCUCUCUCCUACUACAUUAUUACUAUUAUUUGAACUGACCCAGAAUUCAAGCAAACCUUUUAUUUAAUUGAAAUUAUGUUGAAUAAUUGAUUAUUGAUUAUUCUUGGUAGAUCUGAAGUGGGUAUUCAUUUGAUUUUGAUUUUAUAAUGUGGGGUGUUGUUUCCGGCGAUUAGGGUUUUUUGUAUGAUAAUGUUGUUGUGAUUGGUGAAUUUGGGGGAAAGAGGAGGAAGAUGGGAUCCGGGAGUAGUAAAACGCGUCGUAGUGAGGGUAGUGUUGCGUCUUCUGCUUCUUCUACGUCGUCGUUUUCAUCGGCGGUUGUUGGUGGUAGGAGAAGGGGUAAAAAUCGAGGAGUUUUUAGUUCUCCUUGUCUUGGAUCGUCGUCAAGAGCUUAUGAAAGCGAUGAUGAUAAUGAUAAUGAUAAUGAUGAUGAUCAGGUUAUAGAUCAUAAUGGUGAAGCUAGUCGGACAAGAUUGCCGCGACUUGAACCAGAGUCUGAUGAAGUGAAAGUUCAGUGCUACCAAACAUCUAAAGUUGACGGGCCUGAUAACAUGCCCUGUGUAUCUUCUAAUAUUGAGCUUGGUGAAUGGGAUCAUGCGAUUGGAGCAGGCAGCAGGGCUGAUGGAAGUUCAUCGCAAGCUUUCUCUGGCCAAUCUCUGAAUCAUUCGAGCCGAUUUUUAUCUCGCUUCAGUUUUGUUCCUGGUAGUGUUAGUUUUCGACUGAGCAGAGCUGCCAGUGUAGGCUCGUCAAGGGCUUAUCCUUCUUCUCCCACAAGCUUCGCCAUUUCAAGUGGUGAAGAAGACCUUCAUCUGCAAGGAGGUUUUCCCCGCCGCUUAAUUAACGGUAAUGCAAGUCAACAUAAUAGCAAUCUGAAUUCUCUAUUCACCAGUACCUCGGUCGGAUCUCAUGGCGAUUCUUCUAUAAAUCUAGUUCGGCACCCUGAAAAUCCUAUUUUGUCUGGCUCUUUGCAAGAUAAUGAGGUCAUUUCUGCACAAGAUCUGGUGGAUGAUGAUAGUGAGAGAAUUAGGCCAGAUGUCCAUUUACCUUCUCUUGAAAGUCAUAUAGAUGUGGAGGGUUUGAACAGGAGAAUAGGGGACCGUCGAAACGGUGCACGAGAACCAGCAGAUCGCAAUGUUCGAUUUAGUAGAACUUUAAGUGUGGGAAGGCUCCGUGAUAGAGUUCUACGAAGAUCAUCAUUUUCAGACUUGACUCUUUCUCCUUUGCCACAGGAGAGAGGAACUUCUUCUGAUGGAAAUCCUGUUAACUCUCUGGUGUCUUCUCCAUAUCCGUUGCCUAACAUGCCUAACUCCUAUUUCGUGAGCCAAAAUAAUGAUGUUGAGAUAUCAAACCUUAGUGAAGGCAGGCAUCAUGAUUCACUGGAGCAUAGAUCUAAUUUCUUGGAGCGGAGAAGAAGAAUUAGGUCUCAGGUACGGGCUCUUCAGCGUUUGGGUAGUCGUUUUGAGAAUCUAUCAGGGCAUGAAAGGUAUUGUAUUCUGUCAGGGCAGCAUCGUACUGGUCGUUGUUCUUGUCGCUUCAGUACCAGAGAUUCUAAUUCAAAUAAUGAUGGUGCUCGAGCUAGUAUAUCGAGAAUUGUUAUGCUAGCCGAGGCUCUGUUUGAGCAAUCAGUGGUGUUAUCCUCCCGACCUUCUGUAUCUUCGAUUGGAUCAGUUCCAGCACCAAACGAAGUUGUAGAAUCCUUACCUGUAAAAGCAUACACUAAGUCAACAAAAAUUCAGAGCGAGGAGGUUGCACAAUGUUACAUAUGCCUUUUGGAGUACGAGGAAGGCGAUGACAUGCGAAUAUUGCCCUGUCAUCAUGAGUUUCAUAAGAAGUGUGUUGACAAGUGGCUGAAGGAAAUUCAUAGGGUAUGUCCGCUUUGUCGUGGAGACAUUUGCAAAUCGGAUUCGACGCAGUAGCUGUUGAGAGUGGAGGCGGCUGUUAGCAUUGUGUUUACUAGGAGAGUGUACAAAAAUAUAAAUUGUUUUGUGAAGCCUGUGAUGCUCUCGGGAGAUUUGUGAUUUUCCUGCUUAGGCUUUUGUUCCCUUGACCUUCUGAUACUGGUCACUCGAAUGAAGAUUCGAUAGUCAAGUUGUUGUAACAUUAUGAAGUGGUUGAUAUCUAAUUACUGCCCAUAAAGAUCAGCAAGAGAAUACAACAAGAUAGUGUGGCAUGACAUUGGACAGGAGAUCAAUGCACCAUUUCCAAACCAUUUCCUGAAUUUUUUCAACUGUCAUGAAUGUACGUGGGUGUUGUAUGUUACAUAUAGCUCGAGUCUAUUUGCUUUGUUUCGGUUGGAUAGCCUUGUGAAUAUUGUGCAAUCAGGAGCUGAUUCAACCUGUAUCCAUUAACUGUUAAAUGUAAUAUCCCAUUCCAGUUAUUUAAGUCAUUCUUUUCAUUGAGUAA